AACAGCCUCGGGCCCACCUCAGCUUUACAAAGUGUUUUGGAUGAGGACAAAUUGCAGAACAAGAGGACACAGCCCCGCAACCGUUAUAAAUCUCAGGUUCAUAAAGGCUCCAAUAUAUCCAGCAUCUAGAAUAGGGGUUCCGCGGACUCCGAGCAGGCCCUGAUUGGCGUUUGGACUACAUUUCCCAGCAGCCUUCACGCCGGGGAUCCGUCCUUUGCCGGGGGAAGGUGGGGGUAUGCUUACAGAAAGGUGGCUGUGUCGGAAGGGACAGGAGACCAGGCUCAGCAGGCAUGACUGGAGAGGGAAGUCCCAAUGGUGCUAGAAUGGUGCUGCAGUGGCAGAAGACGGCUCAUGAGUGAGAUCUGGAAGAACAACAGGGAAGAUAUCCAUCAAUUGCUCCAAAGUGUGCAAGUCAGAUCCUGGGCAGAAACAUGAUAACUCUGAUCACUGAGCAGCUACAGAAGCAGACUCUGGAUGAGCUGAAAUGUACACGCUUCAGCAUCAGUCUGCCUUUGCCUGAUCAUGCAGACAUAUCCAACUGUGGGAACCCUUUCCAGCUUGUGUCUGAAGGUGCUUCCUGGAGGGGCCUGCCCCACUGUUCCUGUGCUGAGUUCCAGGACAGCCUCAACUUCAGCUACCACCCCUCAGGCCUAAGCCUGCACCUCAGACCGCCCAGCCGGGGGAACUCCCCCCAGGAGCAGCCCCUCUCCCAAGUCCUGAGCCCUGAGCCCCCAGACCCAGAGAAGCUUCCUGUGCCCCCUGCCCCUCCAUCCAAGAGGCACUGCCGCUCACUCUCGGUGCCUGUGGACCUGUCUCGCUGGCAGCCAGUGUGGCGGCCUGCCCCCUCCAAGCUGUGGACUCCUAUCAAGCACCGGGGCAAUGCUGGAGGGGGUGGGCCGCAGGUGCCUCACCAGAGUCCCCCCAGGCGGGUCUCCAGCCUCAGGUUCCUCCAAGCUCCCAGUGCCUCUUCUCAGUGUGCCCCAGCCCACAGACCCUACAGCCCUCCUUUCUUCAGCCUGGCCCUGGCCCAAGAGUCUUCUCAACCCUGCGCCGCCUCCCCUCAGAGCGGUUCUUGGGAGAGCGAUGCCGAGUCCCUGUCACCCUGCCCACCACAGCGCCGCUUCUCCCUGUCACCCAGCCUGGGCCCACAGGCAAGCCGCUUCCUGCCCUCUGCCCGGAGCUCCCCUGCAUCUUCCCCAGAGCUGCCCUGGAGACCCCGAGGUCUCCGCAACCUUCCCCGAAGCCGCUCUCAGCCUUGUGAUCUGGAUGCCCGCAAAACUGGCGUCAAGCGGCGUCAUGAGGAGGACUCCCGGCGCCUGCGGCCUUCCUUGGACUUUGACAAGAUGAAUCAGAAACCAUACUCAGGAGGUCUCUGUCUCCAAGAAACAGCUCGAGAAGGCAGCAGCAUCUCUCCGCCGUGGUUCAUGGCCUGUAGUCCCCCACCUCUCUCUGCUUCUUGCAGUCCUGUUGAGGGUUCAUCCCAGGUGCUGAGUGAAAGUGAAGAGGAGGAAGAGGGGUCCGUGCGGUGGGGACGGCAGGCACUGAGCAAGCGGACAUUGUGCCAGCAGGACUUUGGGGACCUGGACCUGAAUCUGAUCGAGGAAAACUAAAACUGAGAGGCUGCUUCCUGGGCCCCACAGACUGACUGUCUAAUGGCUACUAACAAGUGUGAAGGCUCCAAGGCUGAGGGCCCAGCCUGGGAAAGGGGGUGAGUGGAGGGCUCCGACUCAGGGCAGCCGAAGUCUGCUCCAGCAAGCUCGACCAUGCCAAGAGACUGGCGGGGACAAGAUAAACGGAGCUGGUGGCGGGAGGGACGGCCACAGAGCAGACCCUCCUCAUGGCGGCCCUGAGUGUGAGUACCCCUGCCACUGAGAGAGCAGUGGGCAGGGAAGGAAGGGGUCUGCUGACCCCAGCUCGGGGAAUUUCACUAGCCCCUUUGCUUCAAAGGGCACUUGUGUCUUAGAAUUUGGCCAGGGUGGGGGGGGUUCUGUCAGCCUCCUCAGAGAAAUUGUGUGAGUGCGUGUGUGUGCAUGGGCGUAUACUUGAGGAAUGGUGUGUUUGUGUAGCCUUAGGGAAGGAAGGCAGGUGCUCCUUUAACAGCAGAGCAUUAGGAUGCCCCAGAAUCUUUUUUUUCAUUUUUUUUUUUUUAAUAUGACAUUGGGAUUGGGCUUGUUCAAGGUAUCAAGAGGAGAGAGGGCUUUUUUUUUUUUUUUUUUUUUUUUUUGUCUUAAUAGCUCUGGAGCCAGGCUUUAAAGUUCAUAUUAUCACUGUUCUCUGCAAAUGGUUCUGUUCUGGGGUCUAGCAGAAUCUUUUGAGUACUGUGACCUCAGCUAAUGGUCUUUUCUUCAGCCCUACCCUCUUCCACUAGAUAAAUCUAGUAUUGAGGGCUGGGAAGGCUGUGGCGUUCGUUUCAUCAGAUUGUCUAAGCUGUGUGCAGCCUGCCUCUCUCGUUUUCUGAGUAGGUGCAAAUGUGGUUAACUGAGGCAGACCUGAGGGGCCCCAUCUCUCAUUUCUUCACCAAGGGGACCUUUCAUUUUCUGAUUUUUCAAGUCAGAGACAGUGUUGAUCCCCAGAAUAUGUUGAGGCAGACCUGCAGCAGGAACAGUGACAUCUAGUUAGCAGAAGUCCUAGAUCCCACCCCAGCACUGCUAUUGGAAGCUGGCUAUAAGGGAAACUUAUUCUUGCAAGAUUCAGGCCCAGUCUCUUCCUGAUCUGCUUGAGAAAGAAGGAGGGCUGUUCAGCAUUUAAUAAUUUGCUUGUCUUCCACUCUUCCCAGGAAAUGUUUAUUUGCCUCUAAUUGGCCCUAAGAGACCACAGAGAGGCUGGGGCUCGCUGAGGGCCUGGCUGGGAUAUGUAAAGCAAAGGCUAUGAGAAGCAGCUGGGAGUUUGUUGUUGUUGGAUUGAAUUUCCUUUUUUGUUUCUUACCCACAACUUAAGCCAGAGCAGCAAUGGCUAGAGUGAUGGAUUUAAAGUUUGCAGAUGCCUUGGUAGGGUUGCCACCAGCAGGCAUGCAUGUAGAAGCCACCGGUAUUGCAGUCUGCGAUGCUUUGUUUAGAACACCCUGCAUAACGAAAUUGGACCUGCCCUUCCUGUUUAUUAUAGUAAGGGUAUUUUUCUGUUCAAGUUUCAUGGUUUCUUAGGGCCCAAUUCUGAAUGUUACAGAAGACAACCAAGGUCAUGUUCUUUCUUCCUUGUGGGAUUAAGCCUGAUGUUUAAUGUCUCCCACAUAUUAAUAGGAAUACUAUUGAGGCUUCAGACUCUUUGCCUCUACUUCAGGGGAGGUAGCCAUGUCUUCUUGAGCCUAUGGCCCUCAGAGGUUCUACCCUUCCAGGGCUCCUCCCUAUCUCCUGGCUAGUUACCACAUAUUACCACUGGGCUACCAGUCUCUAAGGGCCUAAGAGAGGCUCUCUUGAGAAUCCAGGGAAACUGAGCCCAGGAGUUAUCCUAGGUUUCAUCUUUCCCUGGUCUCUCUCUUUGGUCCAUAAUUUCCCUGGUGCCAGCUUCUUUUCCACCUGGGGCAUCCUCAUCCCUGGGCUCUCUGCUGCAGAUGGCAGUGCCACCCUCUAGUAGGUCACUGGCAAUGCCAAUGGGGUCUCUCUGUGGGCCCUUAGUUUAAGUGAAGGCAGGGAUUCUGCCUCCAUCCUGGCUUUCCCAAAGCCUUUAGGUCACUACCCUUAGGAAAGGAGGCCUACAAUUGUCAUAUUUUGAUUCCAUUACUUUAAGUCUGGAAUGUUAAACUAGGCAGAACUAUCAUCUUGCUUCCCAGUUUAAAUGCCUCUGGGCCUGGAACAAGCCUUUUCAAGACGUGAAUCAUUUGCUUUACACAAUAGAUCUGUUCCAACAGUUCUGUGUAAAGCAAACGCUAUUUUUUAAUGCAUUUGGACUGCUGACCAUUUAAAAGCAGCCUCUGAUUGCUUCUUUUGUAAAGCAACCUCCCUCUACUUUAGCCAGUCUCAUGAUUUGGGUUUUCACAUAUUGGGCUUACCCAGAGUGGAGCACACCUCCGGGGCUUGUGGCUGCUGCUGUGUAGACGUCUGCAUCUGUGCUGCGUGUGUAGUGUGGCUGGCCAGUAGGUGAGUAUUACUGCGUGUGUGAGUGAAGCCACUCCCAGGCUGAUGCUCUCCUCCUGUGCCCGGUGACUGCCCAAUGGCAGCCCCUGCUGCCCCUCAUCCCACCUGCUGCCAAAGUCCCUGUGCUAAUGGGAUUACAGAAACAAAAUGUGGAAAAAAAUUUUUCGUAAACUUUGUUUUAUAUUAAAAAAUCCAUAAGUUUGUGUGUGUUAAAACAUGAGGUUCUGCCUCUGUGGCUGUGUUUGAAAAAAUAAAGUUUUAUUAGAAUAAUCCAUUUUCCCAAGCAA